AUGGGCAAAAAUUUACAUCAUUGUGAGAAAAAUGAGGAGAAGUUGGAUGCACAACGAAGCGAAAUACUAAACGUUUUAUGGGCAGAAACGAUGGCACAAUCUGAACAUGAUUGGUUUCAAAUGGCCAAUAGCAAGCUGGAUAUUUACGAGAAUUCACUGCUUUCAUCUUGUCGGAGGCUUCCAUCAAGUUCAAGAUCAUUUUCUCAGUCGUUUAUGAACUCUUUCUUCUUAAUUACUACGAUCGGUUUUAAUGAAGGUGAAAAUUUUACAUCUGUUGGUAAAAUUUUUACGAUCCUGUACGCCACUUUUGGUAUUCCAUUGGCUUUACUAUAUCUUAAUCAAUGUUCAAAAAUGAUUUCUGGUUUAUUACCUGGUGAUCGAGUGAUUUUUGGUGCUGUUAUUGUAUUAUUUUUUAACGCAAUUGUUUAUGACAUUGCACAAAAAGGUACAGAUGAUACACCAUUCAUUGAUGCAGUUUAUCAAGUAUUUCUAACGCUUUCAACAAUUGGUAGCUGUAAUUUUAGCUUUACAACGAUAUUUGCAUUGAUAUCAUUAUGUGCUAUAUCGCUGAUGUCUAUUUCAUUUGUCUUUAUUCAACGGCGUAUCGAACUUUUAUUACAAAAUUAUGAGAUCUUAUUCGCAAAAAAUUUUGCAAUCAUACGACGUUGGAUUGCUAAAGAAGUCGAAGACACUGGCCGUAUAAUAGAAGAGGAUGCCGAGGAGAGUGAAACCGAAGAAGACGAGGAUUAUUGA